AGCGUUGAGCUUCCGGGUGCGGGAGAGUAUCCGUUUUAUUAUAAGCCUAGAGGACUGCUGCUAUGGCCGAGUCCCAGCUUAAGUGUUUGGACGAUGACCAUGUAAAUGAAAAGAUACCGGAGUUCAAGCCGGAGUUUUACUACAGCGAAGAGCAGAGGGCCGCGCUAGAGCAGUUAUUGAAAAACGGCGAUGAGGCGUUUAAAUUGCGACUUAAGGAGGACAACAUUAAAGACUUUCUGUCUGCUCGGGAAAUUAGCUGCUUUCGAAAUACUUUCAGGGAAUAUGAAGUGGAGAGCGAUGCAGAGAUGUGUGACAAUAAGUCACCAACCAACUCCAACGCGGAUUCUGGUGUCCAUUCCACGUACUGGCCCCAGCUCUCUGAUGCAGAAGUCCCCUCGUUGGAUAUCGGAUGGCCGAACAGUGGAUACUAUAAAGGGGUGACACGGGCGUCAGUGUACACUCACCCCCCUAAAGAUAAAAGCCCUCAUAUCAAAGAAGUGGUUCGGAGACUUAUUCAAGAGUCCACCAAGGUGGUGGCUGUGGUGAUGGACCACCUGACGGACCUGCUGAUCCUGCAGGACCUGGUGGAUGCGGGGGCACGACGCGGAGUGGCCGUCUACAUCCUGCUGGAGGCCCAGGGGCUGCCAGACUUUCUGGACAUGAUGGGUCGUCUGUCCCUCUCUGCCCUCGCCCUGCGGAAUCUGCGGGUGAGGACGCUGCAGGGCUUUGGCUUCCCUCUGUCCUCAGGCAAACUCCCAGGCUCCCUGUGCUCCAAGUACAUGCUGGUGGACGGAGAGAAAGUCAUGUUCGGCUCCUACAGCUUCACGUGGAGUUCCGCUCGCAUGGACCGCAACAUGAUCACCGUCAUGACGGGCCACGUGGUGGACUUCUACGACGGAGACUUCCGCGAGCUGUACGCCGCGUCCCAGGACGUGGACCUGUACCACGAGUUCCACAUCAACAAGCCCCCGGUGGCCGCGCCCAAAUGCAAGUCCACAGCGGAGGAAGUGGCGGCAGUGGCGGCAGUGGCGGCGGCAGCAGCGUCGGUGCGCUCCCAGGCUUCCACGAUGUCCACCUCUCGCUUCCAGGUGGCCGUCGGGGACUCGAAGCCGGCCAAUUUCAAGGUGCCCAUGCACAAGUACCACAACCCCAAGUACUCGCUGGUGGUGGGCAACAGCCUCGGGGGUUCCCUUUUCACGGGGUCCCUCCAGGACCUGUCCUCCAUCAAGGACUCUGUGGAGGUGGACACGAUGGCGGUGAAGGCCCUCCAGAAGAAGUUCCAGCAGGCCAACAUGGCCAGCGACGAGCAUCUGGACAAGGACUCCGCGCCGCCACCGCCCACUUCCUCGAGACCCAUGGAGGAGGAGGGAAGGACGGAGCCGAGCGUGACUUCCCCAUUCGGAGGGAAGAAGCAACGCAGCUCGUUCAGACAGUUCCUCAAGAACAAGAUGGGAAGUUCUCCUCAUACUCAAGCAGACAGCGUCAGCAAAGACACAAAGACAGCCAAUCAUAACACAGAAGCUCAAGCUGCCCAUGUAAAUCAGGACCAAGUCACAGUCACAACCAACCAUGUAGCCAAUCACAAGACAGGGGAGAGAAUCGCCAGCCUGAUCAAGGACAGUAACCCAGCCAAUCACAUUACAGAUGCGAAAACUCCGUACAAGGAUAGCAAAAUGUUAGAACACAAUCACAACUGGAAUGCAAAGCCAGCCACUAACCACAUAGACACCAACCCCCCCCAUCUUAGAGUAGAGGCCAGAUUGGCCAAUUGCCACACAGACACUGAAACCCUCAAUCAAGGCAGUUAUGCUAGACCUAAUCAUGUUACCAACUAUAAAAACCCCGUUCCACGCAGAGAUGCUACGCCAAUGGAUCACAGCACAGCAGACAUGAAGAGAAAAGUAAAUGGCCACCAUCAUGUCCCUAGUGCCGCAGUGUCUAAUGGCAUAGAAGAGGACGAGGACACCUUUGACAUUCAUGCCAAACCAUCCCUGUUGAAGUUUAAUCACAAAAAGUCCUCCAAACUCGGUCAAAGGAGUUUGUCUCUUCAGUCCCUUAACAUUGGUGAUGAAGAUGGCUACAAAGGCCAUAGGAAGCACCACAAGAAGAACUGCAUUCAGUCCUAAGCUCAGAAUACUCAAGGGACGGUGUCAAUCUGUUUGUUUGUUGUAAUCCGUCCAUUUUUCGACAUGACUGCGCGAAGGCCCUCAACGCAAAGCUGCAGCCCCCACUGCUCCCUCGGGUUAGGGAGGGCGGCGCUGUGGAUGCCCUUUGACCUUUUGAUCACUUCCCAGUGACCGCUCACAGCAGGCCACUCUGAAGCCUGCUACCUCACAGCGGUGAAUGGACUGAGAUCGACGCGAUAAAUGUUCUGAGGCUUUUAAAGAGUGAGUGAGUGCUUUUAAAUGGCACCAUGCGCAUUAAAGGCAGAGUGCCAUCUCAGCAAAAGGCUGUUAAUAUUUGAUCUCAACAGCCAAUCAAAUUGUACCUCUUCCUUCCCUGCUUUUUUUUAAGCAACGUUGUUGCAGCAUUGGCUGAAAUUGUUUAUCGAUCUAUUAUCAGUCCGAGCCACUGUGUUUGUUUUCACGUAUAAAGAGUCUAGACUGUGAACACCAUGAGAACGCACAAAGAGUGGAAAGCUAGAGGGUUGAAAUUCGGACAAAUGUGGCUAAAAACGUAUUGGACUAGAAUUACAGUCUGUGGCUUUAAGACAGGUCAUGACUAAACAGGUAUACCACACUGGGUUUUGUGGCUAAAGUCCUUGAAACUCCAGGCCAUGAUUCCAAGUAGGUGGUUUAGUGGCAAACCUAGGUGAUGUGACCAAGAGGAAGUUGUAAACCUGGCAACAUAAUACCCUGGCUUCAGUCUCCAAACUAAACAAAGUCAAAGGGCCCUUCUAUUGGGAGGUUUACUCCUUCUGUCUUAACUUGCCCAGAUCGGUCACUUAACCACUUGCCUGAAAUACACCCCAGGCGAGUUUGCCAUGGGUUUAAAGCCUUUAGAAGGCUGUUUGUAUGUAGGUGUAAAUUGUUGUAGAGUCCUGGAUGUAAAGAACAUGCUCUCGACGAACUCGUGCUAAUUUAGCCGUGUCAGUUAGCAAAGAUAGUACUUGCUGGCUUUUUUGUGCACUGUUAAAUUGUGUGUUUUUGUUUUCUUUUUUAUUUCUUUAUUUUUUAAUGUUUUUUAGUCAUAAUGCAUUUUUCUCUAAAUCUUAUUUCCACCUUAGUAAGUGCAUUUGUUUUAUAGAGAAUAUUUAUUUGUUUAUUUGUUUAUCUCUUCCAGACAUUAUUAUGAAAGAAAUACUUGAAAAAGCUGUUAUUCCAGUCAGUCGAUUUGUCAAUUUGUAGGUAUUAAAAGCGGUAAAAAAGACUGCAGACAACAACAAAAUUCAUAAUAAGAUCAUAAUAUACCGUAAGAAGCUGACCAUACAUAGCUGAUGGGAUUAGAGAUCUCUGUGACCAUCAGCAGGAGGACAGUGUGUGUGUGUGUGUGUGUGUGUGUGUGUGUGUGUGUGUGUGUGUGUGUGUGUGUGUGUGUGUGUGUGUGUGUGUGUGUGUGUGUGUGUGUGUGUGUGUGUGUGUGUGUGUGUGAGUGAGUGUGUGAGUGAGUGUGUGUGUGUGUGUGUGUGUGUGUGUGUGUGUGUGUGUGUGAGUGAGUGUGUGAGUGAGUGUGUGUGUGAGUGUGUGAGUGAGUGUGUAUUGUUUAUCCUGACUGGGUGGCAGCAGCAUUCUCCUUCCCACCCUUGUUUGGUGAGGAUGACCUCCUCUCACCUGAUGUAUGAAAGAUUGCUGUUGCCCUAGCACACACUUAUUCAGCAGAAUGUACUGAUAGCCUGAUAGACAUCACCAUGACACACUUACAAAGAAACAGAGCCUCGAGUGCAGGGGAAAUCCAUAUGAAACAGCAAAAACAUAAAGAAGUAAUCUACACCCUCCCUGUGUAAAAAACACAGCCUGCUACUAUUUCGGUCUACUCCUUGAGAGUUUUGGUAGAAUUGCAUGUCAGUGCAGCCUGUCUCUGCAUGUGAGGAGUAGCUUGUGUCUGCAGGCAAGAUUUUCUUUUCUUUUUUCUUUUUAUCUUUUUUCCCCCCACAAUCACCCACGGCUCACUCUGUUUGGAGGGUGCAGAGUUUCAGCAAAUCUUUUCAAGACCCCCCCCCCCCCCCCCCCCCACCCCACCCGGCCCGGCCCCGGCCCACCACCUUUCUUCAUGCUGACAGGAAUAGAGACCCUAGCAGGAUGAGGGGAGGAAGUGACACACGAACACAGGAAGACAAGAGCUCAAGCACACUCACCGCAGAUUCAGCCCGCCUCUCUCUGGCACUCGCGUUUGCUUCGUACUGCAGUCCACGUACACACGUACACACACACACACACACGCACACACACAAACACACACACACACACACACACACAACAUGCAAUGUAUGCAUAUGGCAGGCAAGAAAGAAAGAACUGAGAAAAAAAGAAUUUUUCAAAAAGUUGACUCUGAACGCUGAGUUCAAGUUGAAGAGUUCAGGAAUAUGUUUUUCUAGAACAGUGUGUGUGUGUGUGUGUGUGUGUGUUCAUUAAGCAGCUCUAGACUUGGUUCAGUCAGUCAUUUGUUAUCAUCUGACUGCAGCCUCCUCUGCUGGUCACCUCUCCUCUGUUACUCCUGUAUGCUAUUCUGCAUAUGAGCUACUGUAGCUUACAGUACUUGCACUACAGCGUCCUUAGUGGUUAGGUAGCAUGUUUGCCCAUUAAUUGUACCCCAAUGUUUAAUUUCUAUGGACUGAAGUAGCGUAACAAAAUGUUAUUGUUCAUUGUGUUUAGUCUCAUUUUUUUAAAGUAUGAUAAGAUUUUUGUUGCUGUCUACUCUGUUACACUUAGACAUGGCAUGUGGCUUCAUUGGCAGAGGAUUCUACUGUAGUUACAGGGCAGGAUGUGCCCGUUAUUGAAUGCUGAGAAAUAAUACAUAAUGUAUCAGUUCAGACGCAUGGCUUCAAACAAUACUGUGGUCAUUUAUAUCUA